UCAUCGAUGUUAUGUUCGCAUGCAUUCAUACCGCGCAGGACGCGAUCUCACACGAGGAUGACGAUGGACACGCCUCCCUCCUGUCUCCUGGACAGCUUUUGCUGGUCGACUGCUGGACAGGGUGACAAAGGUAGGCGUCGCGGGCCUGUUCGUGUCGGCUUUCUAUCGCCCAAGGAGGCGUGGUCCGGUCGAUUGAAAGGGGUGUCAAAGUAUCAAUUGAGGGAUGGACCGUUGGGAUACGAUGAACGAUGGUUUUCAAACCAGGUCUCCGAUCCGGAGAACGAUUUUUCGCAGUGCCGACGUGGUCCGAUCAUGGCCCACUCACGUAUACCAGACCCAGUCUCUCGAGAGGAGACCGAUGUACGUGGCCGCCUGAGAACGGAUGCAUCUCGUGCCAGGAACAAAGGUCCGACAUCAGAACACGGCGAGCGUAGGCAAGACGACAGUUCGAUCUGUCCAUGGCCGUCAGCGGUGCAGUCGGCCUUUCCAUUGGAGUCCAUUCGUCUGCCCUUCGCCUCGACUCCACCGGCUCCCUCUUCGAGCUACCCAGCACGGCUCCGGUCUUUUGGCGGAGCUUUCGAUCAGCCCAAUGGCUCUGGUGGACAUGACUUUGAAGACGAGUGCACCGAUAUUCGAUUCCGCAGGUUCGAAGGAGAGCUUCUGAAACCUGAUGUUGAAAGCUCUGACUGGGCCAAUACAGCAAGCGACCAACAUGAGAUCCUGCACACUAGCGAGCGAUUAGAGUGGCAGCCAGAUCCAGAUUCCUUGGGACGCGAUGAGGCUGACGAAGUCUGGAAAGCGAUGGAGAGGAGACUGGGCAGACCGGUGAGGGAUUUUACCCGUAGAGAGAGGGGCAGAUGGGUCCUGGUCAAGCAGAAGUCCGGAGUCAUCACAGGAUAUGAGACGCCUGAAGAGUCCGAUACGUUUCACACGGCUUUAGACUCCGAAACGGCGAACGAGACAGGCCCACAAAAAGUGAUUGCAACGAGUGGAAGUCACCAGCCGUUUCCUGAGGACGCAUCGGGACCUCUCUCGACAACACGAUCUAGACGCAGCCUACAGAGAGAAGAAAGAGUCAGGCCAAUCCGAAGUUCUCACCACCGUCACGCCUCAUCGAUUCGGCGACUGGACCCCUUGAUUGUUCAAGCCCUUGGCCGAUUGGACCCUGAUUUCGAUACUCCCAGUUUGACCCUCGCCCUGUCUACCCCUCUCGUCCAUGCAGUCCCCUUGAGGAGCACCAUGAAGCAGUCUCUAUGUGCCGAGUCUGGGCUGGGACUUGGGCUGGCCAUGAGAUCAGACAGUGUCUAUCGUCUAGCUUCCUGUUGAAUGAAAUGAAUGAAUGAAUCCAAUCUGCCGG